CUCUUUCCACCGAACCUUAUCAAGUGUCGCUUUCAAAGGAGUAUUGUGUUGGUCAGAGUCUGCUCACUUCUAGCCAAUCCUGGUCCCUCUCCUCCUUCUUAUCAUGUGUUUGCUUCAAUCACGGUCAGCCUGGAGAAUGACUGAACAUCGAAAGUCCCGCCCACUUUUGUUGGCUAUUAAACACAUGGAUUUGGAUAUGGAUCAAAACUUAGGAUAUCUGCUGGAAAAACUGAUUGCAUUGCAGUCUGACUGCACAAAAUUAAGACUGGAGAGUUGAUCCUGUGAACGAUGGAUGAAGAUCUGAAAAAGCCGAACACUCACAAUGGGAGCGUCUCGGGUGCAUUGGAAGCCAAAAAGCACAAACAGCCAAAAGCAGCAGUUCUGCAGAAGAAUGUGGGUCUCGUAAGUGGCAUCUGUCUGAUAGUGGGAACAAUGAUCGGCUCAGGGAUCUUCAUUUCUCCCAAAGCGGUUCUGGAGGGGACUGGAGCAGUGGGUCCAUGUCUGUGUGUGUGGGCGGCGUGUGGUGUGCUGGCUACGAUGGGGGCUCUCUGCUAUGCUGAACUAGGCACAAUGAUCAUGAAGUCUGGUGGAGAGUAUCCAUACCUGAUGGAGGGUUUUGGGCCAGUGCUGGCAUACCUAUAUUCCUGGAGCACAAUCAUCGUGUUAAAGCCUUCGUCAUUUGCCAUCAUCGCCCUGAGUUGUGCCGAAUACGCCUCCACACCGUUUUACCCAGGGUGCGCUCCUCCUCAAGUGGUCACCAAGUGCCUGGCUGCAGCUUGUAUCUUAAUAAUUACAGUCGUCAACUGUCUGAGUGUCAAGCUGGCGAACAGAGUGCAGAACUUUUUCACAACAGCCAAACUCUUGAUUAUUGUCAUCAUUGUGGUUUCGGGCAUCGUUCUGCUGGCUCAAGGCAAUACACAGAAUCUUAGAGACCCAUUUGCAGGGGCAACAACAUCAUUUGGAGCAAUUGGCCUUGCAUUUUACAAUGGACUAUGGGCUUAUGAUGGAUGGAAUCAGCUUAACUUCAUAACAGAAGAGCUGAAAAAUCCAUACAGAAACCUUCCCCUGGCAAUAAUUAUUGGGAUUCCCCUGGUAACUGUGUGCUAUAUACUAGUCAACAUUGCAUAUUUCAGUGUCUUGACCCCUAUUGAAUUUCUGCAGUCUCCUGCCGUUGCUGUGACCUUUGGUGACAGAGUGCUGUACCCAUUAUCAUGGAUUGUGCCUUUAUUUGUGGUCUUUUCCACUUUUGGUGCAGCCAAUGGGAGCUGUUUCACCGCAGGCAGGCUGACAUAUGUGGCAGGACGGGAGGGCCACAUGGUUAGGAUCAUGUCAUACAUCAGUGUGAAACGUUACACACCUUCUCCAGCUCUAAUAUUUAAUGGUUUGCUGUCAAUCAUCUACAUCAUGCCAGCAGACAUAACCACUCUCAUUAAUUACUUCAGUUUUGCUCAGUGGGUUUUCUAUGGGCUCACAUGUCUUGCGCUCAUUGUUAUGCGGUUCACUAGGAAGGAGCUUCAGAGACCUGUCAAGGUGCCGAUAGUCAUCCCUGUUUUGGUGGUGAUUGUGUCCUGUUAUCUGGUUCUUGCUCCCAUCAUAGACAAGCCUGAGUGGGAGUACCUGUACUGCACAGUGUUCAUAGUCGGUGGUCUUCUCUUAUAUGUACCCUUCAUUUACUACAAAUUCAACUGGACUCGCUGCAUCAUGAGGCCACUCACCAUGCACCUUCAGCUGCUACUGGAAGUUGUUCCACCUGAAAAGACUGAGUGACAGACAUCACACUGGAGGACAGACACGGAUGUAAUAACAGAGUGAUCCAUGGAAAUGUGGAUAAAGGAUUCUUAAAGGGAACAUGGUUGCAAAUGGACAGAUUUUUGUAUUAUUUUACUAUUAUUUCUAAUGCCUGACCAGCCAUUGUUUGACAGGUAUUACAAGUCUUUCCCAGGUCACAGCAUGUGAUGGGUUUUUUUCUACUAAUUGUGUGUUAUUAUACACACGUUUGCCGUACAGAAUAGCAAUGAUAUUUUUUUUCCAAGUUUAUUGAACUCAAAUUUAUGAAUUGUAAAGAAAUUAACUGUCCAGAGUAAAAUUAUUUUUACUUGAAUGCUAAACAGAUUUUAGUUAACCCAUUGUAUGAAUUUACUCAGACUCAUAAAAUCACAGGAGAUUAAGAAUUGUAUUAAUGUACAUCUUUAUGUAGCCUAUUAUAGAAUUACUUUUAAUAGAGUGCAGUAGGGUUCUGGUUGUAAAAAUCCCGUUCAUUUUCUCCAUAGGAGAAUUAUUAAAAUAAUCAUGUAGAAUUCAGUUGCGGUUUCAUAUCUUAGAAAUGUAUAUCAUGACAAUGGGAAAUUGUGCAGGUGCUCAGAUGGGCCUAAAAGAAGACCUGGCGGGCAAAACAUGCACAGAACUGCAGUAAAAGCCCGUCAAUUUCCAUCUGUUUCCAAUGCACAAAUAUAUAGAUGAUCUCUCAGAAGAAUAAAACAAAGAUAUGUGAACAAAAUGAAAGUUUUGGCCAUCUGCAAUAGCCUAAAACACCCACCGCGAUAUUUCAAUGAAAAAAACUGCGUCAUUCUAAAAAGCUCAAUUUGAAAACAGUCAAAGUGCCUUUAAAACAGUAAUAUUAAAAGAUCAAAUUCAAUACAGAUCUUAUUGAUGAUGCGUGCUUUAUUCAGGCAAGCAGAUGAGCCCGGAAUAUGAACGCAAUGUGCUAAAUGGUUAAAUGUUUUCUUUAUAACGGUUUGCUAUGGGAAAACAUUUAACGUGAAACUUUACGCAUUGUGUUUAUAUUCUGGGUUCAUCUGAUUGCCUGUGCAAGGUAUGCAUCAUCAAUAAGGUUCAUAUACUGAAUUUGGCCUUUAAAUAUCACUGCCUAACCACUUCGAACCUCGUAAA